AUGGCCGCGAUCAAGAUCAAGCUCGCCGUCGACAGGACGGCGAACCGCGUGCUGUUCGCCGACGCCGUAUCCGACUUCGUCGACGUGCUGCUCACCUUCCUCACGCUGCCGCUGUCCGCCCUCCAGCUCUGCGCAGGAGGCGCGUCAUUGCCGGGCUGCCUCUCCAACCUCCGCGACAGCGUCGACCGUCUCAGGGCCAGCAAGCUGUUGCAGGUUGACGCCUGCCACGGCAUGCUGCUGACACCUUCGCACGCUCAUGAGUUCUGGCGCUGCGGGUCAACUCACAGCACCCACGGCGGGGCCGAUCAUUGCAAGACACCCGACAGUUCGGAAUACUUUCCACUUUUCGACGGCUGCAAUUGUGGCCUAGUCAUGGCUAGACUUUUGCAUGUCUAUGAGAAAUUAGAGAGAAAGAGAUGUUUUUUUGUUACGCGGGUAAUGGAAGAUACGUUUGUAGGUGGAAAACAACGGUUUGUGGUCAGUGAUGACAUGACCAUCAAGCCGGCAUCAACCAGCAGCAUGCAGUCGCUGCCGCAGGCCUUUCAUUCUGAUGGGAUCUCCCAUAGAUUUCAGGAGGUCGAGCAGUUGGUGGACUGGGAGCAGGUUUUAUCCAUGUUGAAGGAUUCUCUUUCAUCAGUUACCGUAUUGACCGAUGCAUUUCUAUCCAAGGAAACGAAGAAUCAUAAUGCUGCUCGUGCCAAAGUGAAACCAAUGGUCAAUCACAACACUCUACCGCCAGAUCAAGAUUUUGCUACUACUUCACCCGAAAUCAAGAUCAAGAUUUUCUUCAACACUCGUGAAAAGAAGGUCAAAUAUGCUGAAUGCGACCAAGAGUUCGUGGACCUCCUCCUAGGUUUCAUGACUUACCCUAUCAGCUGUGUAAUCAAGAUCACAGGAGCUGGCACUUGCCAUCUUGGCAGGUCCUUCAGAAAUCUCUACAGCAGCGUUAUCGAUCUCUACGAAGCUGGGAUCUUAAAAGAUGAUAUCACCACGAAGUUGCUGGAUUCAGGCAUUAUGCCGUUUGAUCUUGUUAGCAACAUGGCAUCCUGUCAGCCACUGAACUGCCCAUUUCCGAAGCGUGAUCUGCAAGAUUGUUGCUGGCAUCCGGAGCUCGUUGAAGGAGGGAAGUAUGUUGUAGAGGAUGAUCUACGUAUACAUCAGGCCUCUGCAAUGUCUGUGAUGAAACAUUGGUGCGGGACAGACAAGGCAAGCGUACUGGAUAUGGAUAUUACUGUCAGGAGACAAGAGGCUGUUGCGCUGCUGCGGGCCUUGCUUACUUCGAAGACGGCACUGACCGAUGCGUUCACCAGCAGGCUGGAGAAGGGCUUCCUUGUUUGA